AUGGAAAUCAUAUCAGGCUUGGAAAAUUCUGUCUCCGCUGUGUUUGUUCUGUCGUCUGUUUUCAUUGUACUGUUUGUGCGAGCUAUUGUGAAAAGAUUUACUUCUUCCAGUUCCACGUACAUUCAUCCUGAGAGCCAACAAACCGUCGACGAGGUUCGGCAAACUAUUAUUUCGAGAAGUUUGGCCUCAUAUACUCAUGUUGAUACAUCACCCAGUAAUGGGGAAAUCGAUAUCUGUCCAAUAUGCCUGGAGAAUCUAAAAUUCUGUGUUGAAACAAACUGUCGUCAUAGAUUUUGUGGGGACUGCUUUUAUGCCUAUUGGCAACAAAUGUCACCACUUUCUAAUCCGAUUUGCCCUGUUUGCCGUGGUCAACUGAGAUUUGUUCUUAAAAGAUUUACUAUUCCGGAAAUGCAAUCGGACAUGUCAUUGAGCCGUUCGCAAAUUGAAAGCAACGUUGAUCUUUUCAAUCGUCGUUAUUCUGGAAAUCCUGUUUCAUUCAUCGAUCAGCUUCGUGAUCUGCCAGUUCUUUUGCGUUACUUCUGGCGUGUAAUUUUUGACGGAGAGGGAAAUAUAUCAUGUCUCUUGAGACUUCGUCUUAUUGUUCUCUUCCUUUUUGUAUUUUUUUACGUCAUAUCACCGCUGGACAUCUUCCCCGAGUCAAUCGUGGGUGUCUUUGGACUUUUGGACGAUUGUCUUGUUUGUCUUGUCUUCUGUAUCUAUCUAGGUGCUCUGUUUCGAGGUCGUCUAGUCGCUGAUGUUUGA